AACAUGAUCAAUGAUAAGGUUUUUUAUUACUCUGUGUGUGUGUGUGUGUGUGUGUGUGUGUAAGAGAGAGAGAGAGAGAGAGAGAGAGAGAUUAAUGCAUAAGGCACAAUUGCAGCUGCAGCAAUGAUCCCUACAGAGGGAGACAUAUAGAGAGUGAGAGAGAGAAAGAGAGAGAGAGAGAGAGAGAGAGAAUGAGAGAAUGAGAGAGAGAGAGAGAGAGAAUGAGAGAUUUAGAGAGAAAUAUAGAGUAAGAGACAGAGAGAGGGAGAGAGAAGGAGGUGGUCUGUAAGAGAGCCAUGCUUGCAGAGUGAGUGUGACAGCAGAGAGAGAGAGAGAGAGAGAGAGAGAGAGAGAGAGAGGCAACGUGCAGGCAGAUGAAAGAGAAAGGAGGAGCUGAGAGGAGGAAGAGGACGACGAAGGUGUCAGCAUCAGGCCCCCCCAUUCACACACACACACUCACACACAUUUACACAGACACUCACACAGGAGAGGAGGAGAGGAAGAAGUGAAGAAAAAGACAGAGGAAAAGGAGAAGAGGAGAGAGCUCGGAGAACACUGCUUCCAUUGCAUCCUCGUUGUAGCGGACGUAGCGGCUUCCAUCACAGCCGUGCCCGUGUGUGUGUGUGUGUGUGUGUGUGUGUGUGUGUGUGUGUGUGCGUGUGUGUGAGAUAUGGAAUCCAGAGUGCUGCAUCGUCUCAGUUCAAUGCUGCUAAUGAAGACAGGGAUGCUGCAGUGACUGUGUGUGUGUGUGUGUGUGUGUGUGUGUGUGAGAGUGUGUGAGCAUGAGAGUGUGUGUGCAUAUGGAGCUCUGAUAGGUGCAGUGCUGCUGCUGUGUGUGAAGACGGACACAAUGCGAGGACAGGAGGAACUGAGAUAGAGAAGAACUCAAGGUGUGUGUGAAAGUGUGUGUAUGUGUGUGUGUGAGUGAGCGGUGGUCCGACUCCAGCAUCAUCAGCAUUCCUGCUGCAGAAGUACCGCUAACUCAUCUGCACACACUCACACACUGGCACCAGAGGCGGACGAGGGGUCGUUGCUAACGGAGACGGUCCCGGGUCAGAGGCGGUGACCCCAGUGAACAGCCGUCGGCACGGAGGCGCGCGGCAGCAGGGGCGUGAGCGAGAGAGACGGGCGGAGAGCCACCAUGGGCGAGUGGACGAUACUGGAGAGACUGCUGGAGGCUGCGGUGCAGCAGCACUCCACCAUGAUCGGGAGGAUCCUGCUGACAGUGGUGGUGAUCUUCCGCAUCCUGAUCGUGGGUAUAGUGGGUGAAAAGGUGUACGAGGAUGAGCAAGCCAUGUUCAUAUGCAACACGUUGCAGCCUGGCUGCAACCAGGCAUGCUACGACAAAGCCUUCCCCAUCUCACACAUACGCUAUUGGGUGUUCCAGAUCAUCCUGGUGUGCACCCCAAGCCUGUGCUUCAUCACCUACUCGGUGCACCAGUCAGCCAAGCAUAAGGACCGGCAGUACACGAUCCUGCAUGGGCCCUACAUCGACCACGGGCACGGACCGAGCCGGAAAGUGCGCAACCUCAACGGCAUCCUUGUCCAUGACUCCAAGGAUGAAGACAUUCCGGAGCUCAAGGACAUUCCAAACAUCCCUUCGUGGCCUACUCGGCCCUCAAAAAGUGCCAAGGCACGGCAACAGGAGGGCAUCUCACGCUUCUACGUCAUCCAGGUGGUGUUCCGUAAUGCCCUGGAGAUCGGCUUCCUGGCCGGCCAGUACUUUCUUUACGGAUUCAAUGUGCCGGCGAUGUUCGAGUGCGACCGCUACCCAUGUGUAAAGGAGGUGGAGUGCUACGUGUCACGGCCCACUGAGAAAACCGUCUUCCUGGUGUUUAUGUUCGCCGUGAGUGGCGUUUGCGUCGUGCUCAACUUGGCCGAGCUGAACCACCUGGGCUGGAGGAAGAUCAAAGCGGCAGUACGUGGCGCUCAGCAGCGCAGGAAGUCCGUGUGCGAGCUCAGGAAGAAGGAUGCCUCACACCUGUCCUCACUUCCCAACCUGGGGCGCACGCAGAGCAGCGAGUCGGCGUACGUCUGACGGAGAGUAGGGGAGGGGCUUAGGCGGGCAUGGGCAUGGAUGACCAGACGGAAGCAGAAGGCACGUCCUACGAUUAUGACUUGAUAGCAUGAGACGACUUGGUAUCAUUUGCAGGGUCGGACAACGGGGAGGGAGGGAUGGGAGAGAAAGGACAAGAAAGAUGAUACAUGGACCUAAAUGCUGGAGAGACAAAUAUUCUGUGGGAGUGAAAACUCUCUUAAUUCAAAAAUAUAGACGCACGCAAGGACAAUAUACUCAUACUCGCAUAACUGUCUCCCCAAGACCCUCGGAUGUCUUCCAAACAAAGCCACGUUGAACAAGAAAAACAGUUUUUGAGAAGAGAGAUAGGGAUGGAGAGAGGCAAAGUUGCUUAAAAGUGAGCCCAGUGAUUGGAUCUCUUCAUUUUAAAAAUCUUACAAAAAAAUUCAAGCAAAAUACAAAAAGAACAAAGCAAAGAGUUGAAGCUUAGUCUGUCUCUCUUUCUCUUUUUGUAUAAAGCGACAGUGUCUUUCAUACGUGGAGAUGAAUUGUAAAAGAAAAGAUUGACCGAUGAUGAUGAUGAUGAUGAUGAAAACAAGCCCCUCCCCCUUUUACAGCAGCCGGGCAAUAAGAGGACCAUCCCCUUAGUUAUAUACUUAGACAUAACCAUAAAUAAAAAAGCAUAAACAAACACUCAUUACUCCAGUUACUUCUCUUAGAGCCCUCGAGCUGCUGCCUAGAAACAACUCUGUACAUAUUUUGGCAUUAUGGUUUCUUGCAUUAUUUUAAUGAUUAUUUAACGCAGCUUUGUAUGACUUUUGGUCCUGUAUGUCCAAGUCAAGCACAGUUUCUGCUCUCGCACAUCCUGUCAGAAGUCGAGAGAUUAAAAAAACAUGCGUUAAAAAAAACAUUAGCUCUGUUGCAGGUCAUGUAGAUGCGCUUGACUGGAGAGGUAGCUAGAGAGUUAAUGUUAGGUAGCUAACUUAGAUUCCACAACCAGGUGAAAUUACAGGACUUCGCAAAUUCCAUACUGUAAUUCAAUAUGAAGUAAAACGUAUAUUCUAUCUGUGCUUUGCCAAAGUUUCUCUCCUUUUGUUGUAAAGUGGGCGGGGCUAACCUUGAGUAAAACUUCACAUGACUGAUGUUGCUCAUCCCUGUCAAUGAACUUUUAUUUAAACUAUGCAUUCACUAUUGAAUCGUCUCUUCAGGUCUGAGCAAUUCAGCAAGAGAAAGCUAGCUAGCUUGCUAGUAUGCUAACUGUGCUAAUUGAGUUGGUUGAUACAUGGAGAGUUUAGUUGUGUUUAGCUGCUUGAGUGGUGUAGCAAUCAGUCAAGCGUGAUGAUUAGCAUAUUAGGCCACGCCCACUGGGAUGGCGCUCUGAUCAGUGAGUUUGGCUGCUGUUUGAGCAGCAUUUAUCAUUAUCUCUAUCUUGUUUUGUUUUUAUUUCAAUUUUGCUGGAUGUUUGAUUUAACACAAGAAAACUUUUAAUAUUUUACAUUUCCUGGACUUUUGGUAGCUCAAUGUUCUUCUUUUUUCUUGUUCAUUUUAAGCAACGUACAGUUUGUUACCUCAAUGAUAAUAACUUUAUAGCGAGUAGAUCUCAAGGAAAAAGAUCAGAAAAAAUGAAUAAUGCAUGACCCCUUAUGAUUUCCGUAGUGUGUGAGCAGAGAAAUUGCCAAACUGUCCUUGACUCAAAGUACAGGACCUCCACUGGGCUAAUGGAUUGCAAGCUUUAAUGUUAAAAAAGGAAAGAAAGAAAGAAAAUAUCUAUAUUAUUGAUGUUUAUUUAUUCUUUUUUGUUCUUUACUAAAGAAACGUGUAUAUUACAUGAUAAAAGAAGAUUUUUUUUGUUUACAACAGACUUUGCGUAGCCUUCUGCAGAAAAAAAAAUACCAAGGCAUGUUAAUGACGCAUUAUUAGAAUGGCUAGACUGUGUCCUGGGCUGUGUUUCUAUUUUUUGAAAAAACAAAGGGAUUUUUUUUUUCUUUUUGCACCCUGUUUAUGUACUCCGAAGCAUGCUGAGCGGAAACUAUAGCACCAUGAGGAUAUGGGAUUAUGGGACCUGUGCUGAAUAUGGCUCUGGUAUUGCAGCAAUAAUACAUAUAUAUUACAAAUAAGAAAUUAUAAGAAAAAAUAUAUAUAUAAUGAAUAUAUGUGAAAAAAAUAAAAGAAAUAAAUUCCCUCCAUUUUGA